GGCCGCUCGGGCAGGAUGGCGGCGGCGGCAGCCGCGGGUCCCGGCGCGGGCGCGGGGGUCCCGGGCGGGGGGGGCGGCGGCGGGGCGCGCGAGGGUGCGCGCGUGGCGGCGCUGUGUCUACUGUGGUACGCGCUGAGCGCGGGCGGCAACGUGGUCAACAAGGUGAUCCUGAGCGCCUUCCCGUUCCCGGUCACCGUGUCGCUGUGCCACAUCCUAGCGCUGUGCGCCGGGCUGCCGCCGCUGCUCCGCGCCUGGCACGUACCGCCCGCGCCGCCCGUGUCGGGCCCCGGACCUGGUCCGCACCCGGCGUCCGGCCCGUUGCUGCCUCCGCGCUUCUACCCGCGCUACGUGCUGCCGCUCGCCUUCGGCAAGUACUUCGCAUCGGUGUCGGCGCACGUCAGCAUCUGGAAGGUGCCAGUGUCCUACGCGCACACCGUCAAGGCCACCAUGCCCAUCUGGGUGGUCCUCCUGUCCCGGAUCAUCAUGAAGGAAAAACAGAGCACCAAGGUGUACCUGUCACUGGUCCCCAUCAUCAGCGGAGUCCUGCUAGCCACUGUCACAGAACUGUCCUUCGAUGUAUGGGGACUGAUCAGCGCCCUGGCAGCCACGUUGUGCUUCUCCCUUCAGAACAUAUUCUCCAAAAAGGUGUUGAGGGACUCAAGAAUCCACCACCUGCGGCUGCUCAACAUCCUGGGCUGCCAUGCAGUGUUCUUCAUGAUCCCCACAUGGGUUCUAGUGGACCUCUCCACCUUCCUGGUUAGCAGCGACCUGGCCUAUGUGUCUCAGUGGCCCUGGACACUGCUGCUCUUAGCAGUCAGCGGAUUCUGCAACUUUGCACAGAAUGUCAUCGCCUUUAGCAUCCUCAAUCUCAUCAGUCCACUCAGCUACUCAGUGGCUAAUGCCACCAAGAGGAUAAUGGUCAUCACUGUGUCCCUCAUCAUGCUACGCAAUCCAGUGACCAGCACCAAUGUGCUGGGCAUGAUGACUGCCAUUCUUGGUGUCUUUCUGUACAACAAGACCAAGUACGAUGCAAACCAGCAGGCUCGGCGACACCUCCUCCCUGUAUCUACGUCCGACCUGAGCAGCAGAGAGCACCUACGAAGCCCAAUGGAGAAGCCCCACAAUGGUGCACUGUUCCCCCAGCAAGGUGACUUCCAGUACCGAAACAUUCUCCUCACAGACCACUUCCACUACGGCCGCCAGAGCCAUCCAAACUCCUAUGCUCUCAGCCGCCAUGAUGUGUAGGGGCCCACCAGGCCAAGCUUCCUGCACCACCUCCCCAAGCCCAACAGCCUGGCUGAGCACAUGGCAAGCCAGCAGGGGGGACCCUGGAUCCUGAUCCUCCAUCAACAUGGAGAGCCACAGACACUGGGCAGAGAGAAAGCCACAGAGAAAUACUGGUUCACACUUCUGCUCAGAGACCACACUCUUCUGCAUUGGUACACAGGGGUGCCCCCAGUGUACUACCAAAGUCUGGUCUGAACUUGUGAUGACGACAAGGGACCCACUCUGCAGAACUGGCAUUGCUAUGGCUGCAGUCCUGGAAGCCAGCAGGAGGUGGGAUCUAGGCCAUAAAGGAGAAGACAGCAGGGUUGUAGCCCAGAGGUAUGGAGGGCUACACAGGUACUAUUACCUAUCUCUGGCAACAGAGCUCCAAGAUGCCCCAAGGGAGUUGGCCACUUGGAACUAGCACUGACCUGAGGCAAACUUACAGUGAACAUUGGUUCAUCAACCAUUGGUGUGACUUUUCUCUGCCUUGUGGGUACCAGAGCAGGACACACCCCUCCACUCUGGACCUGAGUAGCCCUUGGACUCUAAAAGAUAUGGCUAGUGUUAACCUUGAUUGUGUCUCUAUCCUUCUGAUGCCACAGAAGGCCAGUGAUGGUGAUAGCAAUAUCCCCAGGACCUUGAGUUUCUCUGGGAAGCAUCUUGUUGAAGUCUAGGUCCUGGCAGAUACUGCACCAGGGCUAGCCAACUGGUAGAAACCAUCUUGACUCAUUUCAAAACAUGGAACAUUUAUUGCUAGAGCAGUCCCUUGGAGCUCAGUGGUAGCAGGCAAUGCUGAAGGGUCCUAAAACUACAGCUAGAGUAGCAGAAGGUGGAAUUCAUACUCCAAAUACAGCAUCACUUGUCAAUGAGGAAACAGUAUGUGGGUCAGGAUCAGGACUAUGUCCCAGUGGAUGGGACAGCAGGCAAGUCUUAGUUUUAUAGUUAAGAGUCAGUUUGAGGCUGGGUUGGUAGAGUGCCUGCCUCACAUGUAUGGUCAGUGGCUUCUGUCCUCAGCAUCACAGAAAGUAACAUAGUAGUACAGGCCUGCCUUCCGAGCACUCUUGGAAGCAAGGUCAGGGUCCUCAGCUACAUUGUGAGUUCCAGACCAACCUGGGCUACUUGAGAGCCUAUCUCAAGAGAAAGAUCAGUUUUAGGGACGUGAUAUUAUGGUACACAUCCAGGGGCUGAGCCAGAAGGAUGGCCAUGAGUUUGAAGCCAAUCCGGGCUACAUGAUGAGGCUAUCUCAAAAACAAAAAGUUUGGGGUGCCAUCCUAGUGGCCUACACUUAUGGUCCUAGCUACUCAGGAAGUCAGAGCAGGAGACUCUCCCAAGCCUGUGAGUUCAAGGCCAGUGUGGCAACACAGGAGAAUCUGUUAGUAAGCAGAAGUGUGGGUUCUGGUGUGGGCACAACAGUUAAAUGCUAGGACCCAAGGAUUGUAACAUGUCUUCUUUGGCAGCAGGGGUAUUAGCUGCUGGGUAUCUAUGUGUUUUGAGUUUUGCUUGUUUGUUUUUUGACACAGGGUCUCACAAUAUAGACCAUGCUGGUCUCAGAUCUACCUGUCCCUGCCUCUUGAGUGCUGGGAUUAAAAACGUCAUACCAUGCUCACCUUGAGACAUCCUCACUAAGGCUCCCAGACUGAACUUCAACUAUUAAUUAGCAUUUUUUCUUAGCAUUCUUUGUGCCUCUGUCUCCAUCUCUAAGCACUGAGAUGACAAGUGUGUCAUGGUGCCCCAGUUCUUAACUCCUGGUUUCUUGCCCUUUGCCCUUUGCCCUUUGCCUUUGAUUAAUUGGAAUUUUGUGUCUAAGGUUGAGUUCAUUGGCAAUGCCAGCCUUGGGGCUGCUUGCCAGUUUGCAGAUGUUCAGAGCCCACCAUGGCAGUGGGAAGGAGUACCUUGGUAAGGUGGUCUGGUGGGUCUCCUCGCUGGGGAAGGAAGGCACUGAGACACCUUGCACUACAGGGUCUCUCUGGGUGUCCCUGGCUGUGCUGAACUCAGAAUGAAUUAUGUCUUUUUGGAUUUCUAUGAUGUUGCUGUAAUAUGUAUAUUAAUGCAUUUUUCCUUUUCCAAUGUGAGGUUUGCCAGGGAGGGAAAGGCCCAUCUUACUUUUCUUAUGGUUUAUAAAUUAAUAAAUGGGAUAUUUAAUUCUGUUCAUAGGUUUGCAGCAGGUGUGAAACCUGAGAUGGAUGAGACAAUCAAGUAGGCCAGAUGGCUGCAGCUGAGUGGGUGCAAAACUCCUGGUACGCAUGAAACCCUGGGCGUCAUCCUCAGCACCACAGAAAUGGGUGGUGGGUGGUGGGUGGUGCACACCUGUUACCCAACAGUCAGGAGGCUGGGGCAGUUAACAGCAGGAGUUCAUGGUCAUCUCUGGCUACACAGAGUUUGAAGUCAGCCUGGGCUACAUGAGACAAAACAGACUUGAUCCAGAGUUUACCUUGAUUCAUUUAAAAUGGUGUUAGCCCUCUGUCUUGUGCCACCAUCCCCCCUCAUGUUCAUCUCUCCAGUUUUACCUCAUCCCAGUUCUCUAUUGGGGUUCAUAUUAGAGAGUUUAGGUUGCUCUCUCCAUAUACCCUUUGAAAUGGCCUGGCCAAAACUUAUCCUGACACCACCCAACUCCAACUCCUUCAUUUUACAGAAGGUGAAACAGUCUUAGAAUAGUUUUGAAUGUCUGUUCACUAUUAGAAUUCUCAGGGUAGGACUUCUUUUAGUUAUUUAUUUCUUUGAGAUGAUAUCUACCUGUAUAGUCCAGGCUGGCUGAGGAUAGAAAGUAGUCCUGUCAUACCCAGCACCGUAUUUUAUACCUUUUAUUCUGGGGAAGGAGAUGAGCCAGAUGGAUUGAAUCAGGGAAGUACUUGAGACUCAAUUUCCUUGUGUGUUGGGAAGACUCUGGGCAGUUAGCUUUUCAUAACCAGACUCCAAGCUCAAAACCUCAGGGUCUGAAAUGGGAAACUGUCGUGUUCCUGUUUUCCAUUGUUGUCAUCCUGAGGCUCCAGUGUCAGACUGCUCUGUGGGAAUAGCUGUGUUCUUGGUUGGUAUUCACCAAAAAUAAAUGAUGGUCUCCAGGGA